AUCAACGGACAGUACUCUAAGACUCUGGGAUACCAAUACAAAUUUGUGUGCAAGAACCUUCACUGGACACAUAAAUGAAAAAAAUUUCGUUGGUCUUACUACGACCUCCGAUUGGAUUGCGUGUGGAAGUGAGGAUAAUUUGAUUUUUGCAUAUUACAAAAAUUUGUGCCAGCCAGUUGUCCGAUUACCAUAUGACUGUAGACUCAGAUGUUCUGGUGCAACGCAUCUCAAUUCCAGGAAAACAGUUGACUAUAUUAUCGAGUUAAAGACACCUAAACCAAUACCUCCUCUAUCUACGAUCAUUCCUUCUGAUUUGUCAUCUAUUCUUUCUUCACAAACUGAUAAAGAUAAAUUUGAGCCCAUAAAACAGUCUUCGCCAAACAAGUCCCAAUAUGCGUUAUAUGACAACAAUGAAGGGUUUUUAAAAUGCACACCUGGAAUUCAACAAAAACACCAAGUACAAAUUGAUCUUGCUGAUGAUGAUCGAACUAUUACUAUCACUGCGGAGAAUUUGGUGAUCGAAGAAAACGGCUCGGAGAUUGAAAAUAAUCUCUCCACGAUGCAUGCAGAUCAUCCAGUUAACGUCAAUGUUGAGCAUGGCAUUACAACUGCAAAGUUUAAAAUUAAGGCUAAUAAAAGAAAAGUUAUCAUAUAA